GCGCCGCCUGAAACUCAUUUCCUGAUUGGCUGACUGGAAGGUGCGUAGUGUCACAGAAAACCCAGCUGAAGUAGAGACUUCUCUCUGCUGUAAGUGUGUGUCUGUUUGACAAACGUACUCGAUAAAGUGCUGUGUCCACGUGGAUAAUCAAUGGAAUUAUUGGUUCGAUAUCUGGACCGGAGCAAUUCAAUUAGCUCUGUCUCAACCCAAGACAUUAUCAAAGAGGAUAACCUGAGAGAUGACCUGAAGUAUUACUUCAUGAGCCCGUGUGAAAAGUACCGGGCCCGAAGACAAUUACCCUGGAAACUUGUGGUGCAGAUUCUGAAAAUCGUCAUGAUCACCACACAACUCAUCCUGUUCGGCCUCAACAACCAGCUGGUGGUGUCCUAUAAGGAGGAGAACACGAUGGCCCUCAAAAACCUUUUCCUGAAGGACUACGGUGGGGUGGAUGAGGACGACUACAGUGUUGCUGUCUACACCCAACAAAGUGUUUACGACAGUCUGUUUUAUGUCCUGGAUCAGUACAGCCAGUUGGGCCGGCUCUCUGUGGGUUCCAUUGGUUACGGUGAGGAAAAAGACGGCAAGCUGCUGUCUCUCGUCAUCUGUAAACAGUACUACAAGAGAGGCAGCAUGGAGCCCUCAGAUGAGGUCAAUGAUAUAGACGCCCAGCUGGAGACAAUUUGUAUGUCACAUGAUCCAAAGACUGCAAACCAAUGGAAAACCCAGAAUUCAUCAUUUUUUGAUCUGGACUUUUACAGGCUGGUUGACAUCAAAAUAACCUUCCAGCUGAAGGGAAUUAACCUACAGACGGUGCGUUCACGGGAGUUACCUGAUUGCUACUUGUUCAACGUAACGAUAACAUUUGACAACCAGUGUCACAGUGGAAAGGUGAAAAUAUUCUUGGACAUAGACACUCAGAGCUGUGCAUGUCGAGACUGGAAGAUAUCUGGGACAGCUCAGAAGAACAGACACUAUCUUCUGGUGUUUGACGGCUUCGUCAUUCUUGUUUGCCUCACAUCAGCUGUGCUGUGCACCCGCUCCAUUGUGCUGGCUGUCAGGUUACUCCAGAGAUUUUCCAGAUUCUUCCACGAGAACUACAACCGUAAAGUGUGUGAGGAUGACCAGAAGGAGUUCCUGAACGGCUGGUAUGUGCUGGUCAUCGUCAGCGACCUCUUGGCCAUAAUUGGAUCCAUACUAAAGAUGGAAAUACAAGCAAAGAGUCUGACCAGUUAUGAUGUAUGCAGUAUCUUCCUGGGAACGUCCACAUUAUUGGUGUGGGUCGGCGUGAUCAGGUACCUGGGAUACUUCCAGAAAUACAAUGUGUUGAUUUUAACCAUGCAAGCAGCCUUCCCCAAGGUCCUGCGUUUCUGCUGCUGUGCCGGUAUGAUCUACCUUGGCUACACCUUCUGCGGGUGGAUCGUACUGGGGCCAUACCACGAGAAGUUUGAGGGCCUGAGUCGUGUGGCGGAGUGCCUGUUCUCCCUGUUGAAUGGAGACGACAUGUUUACCACCUUCGCCCAGCUGAAGGACAAAAACACUUUGGUGUGGCUCUUCAGCCGGGCCUACCUCUACUCCUUCAUCUCCCUGUUCAUCUACAUGGUGCUGUCGCUCUUCAUUGCCCUCAUCACCGACUCCUAUGAGACCAUCAAGAGGUUCCAAAAGGACGGAUUCCCACUGACGGACCUUCAGAAGUUCCUCAGAGAGCAGAACGAUUUUCCUGUUCUAGAGGAGAGCAGUCAGACAGACGUUGAUGUCAGAUACUCUGUGUUGUGCUGCUGCCAACGAGUUCCUGAAAGUGACGCUGUCAUCCUGAUCAGCUGAUGGCUGUUCCACCUCCAGAGGACACGGAUCAGGGAGGAGGACGAUGCUGGGAACAAGACUUUACACGUCUGAUACUGACUUGAAGCUCAAGCUAUCCCCUGAAAAAUCCCGAAAAGUAUAGUUACUGAUUCUGUGAGGUGUAAUAUGAAUCGCCAAACAAGUUCCCUCUCUUGAACAUGAAACUGGAGCUUGACCUAAGUAGCUGUAACUUGAAACAAAAGGUUUCAUAACAGUAUCUAUUGGAGUUCUGGAUGCUGUUGAGAAGUUUACUGGGCCUUUUUAAGGUCUGUACAUGCAGUUAGUUGCCAAAGAACUGGAUUUAGUGUUUCCAGUGUAUUUACACUGGUGCUAUGCAACAUUAUGCAGUGGUAGUUGUAAUUUAUUUGUUAAGUGUUGUAGUAAAGAUUGCAGUAAAUCUAAUCUUUUCAUUUAUCAAUUUUUA